GUAAGAAAGCUCGUAUCCAUGACGAGAACAUGGAAUCUCUGAGAACCAAACAAUCCCAAAAGAACUCCAAAAAUAAAACCUACUCUCCGCCACCGUCCCUCUCCUUCCUUUUCCCUCCAAACCUCCCUGGCAACACCAAUAUCCAAAUCAAUGGCGGCGGCGUCGUCGCCGAUAUUCUCGAAGAAGCAAAAGAGGAAGAGAAGCAAAGACACCCUCUUUGACCUCCAAACCCUAGGCCAUCAGCUCCUCUCCUCACGUGCCCACAUCAAUAACCUUCCUCUCCUCCUCACCUUUAUUUCCCCAACCUCCCCUCCUGCUCACGUGCUCGAGUCUCUGCUUUCUCUUCAGUCUUUCUUCACUCCUCUGCUACCGGAGCUCCCUGCUGCAUCGUCCGUCAAGAUCCUCUUGAAAACUCCACAGUCGGAGGACCCCGAGUUAAUCUACAGGACGUGGCUCCGGUCCAAGUUUGAUGAAUUUAUGAGGCUGUUGAUCGAAGUCGCUGUCUCUGAGGAAGCUGAAGACGCUUUGAAAGAGGUCGUGUUUGAUACCAUAAUGGAGUUCGUGAAGCUGGGAAGCGGAGGAAGGUUCAAUUCCUCAAUAUAUCACAGGAUGGUUCAUAGUAUUGUUCAUUCUUCCGCACCUGUUGAGUAUAUUACUGACUUGCUUGCAUCAAAGUAUUUCAAGUAUAUUGAUAUCCGUUAUUUUUCCUACAUCUUCCUGGAAAAAAUUGCAAAAAAUUUGGAGGCAAAAGAGAUCUCUGCCAUCAGUUCAGAUGUUGAUGCUGGGCGUCAUUCAAGAGAAAGGGUUGAGCUUUUCAUUCACAAGAUGCAUUACAUAAUAUCACACAUUGCCCCUAUAGGAGUCGAUGAAAAGACUAGCCUCGAGAUGUGGAGUGAAUCAGAGCUUUCAUCUAAACAAGUUGCACCUAAAGAGCUUUCUGAGCCCUCAAAAACAGAAGAUAAGCAGCUCAAGUCUGAGAAAUGUAACAGUAAUGAAUUGUCAGCAGCUACCAUUGCCAAGAAGAUGAAAUUAAAAUUUACCAAAGCAUGGCUCGCAUUCCUUAGGUUGCCGCUUCCAGUUAAUGUAUACAAGGAGGUUCUUGCUACUCUCCAUCAAGCAGUGAUUCCUUAUCUCUCUAAUCCUGUCAUGUUAAGUGACUUCUUAACAAGAUCAUACGACAUUGACGGUGUUGUUAGUGUUAUGGCUCUUAGCAGCCUUUUCAUCCUCAUAACUCAGCAUGGUUUAGAAUACCCAAACUUCUAUGAAAAACUUUAUGCACUGCUAGUACCUCCUAUCUUUAUGGCAAAGCAUAGGGCAAAAUUUUUCCAGAUUUUCAUAUCCAAUCUGAAAUUGAAAUCAGUAUCUGCGAUACAAACUCGAAAUCUUCUCGAUUCUUGCCUGAAGUCACCACUUCUUCCGGCAUAUUUGGCAGCAGCUUUUGCAAAGAAAUUAAGUCGACUGGCACUCACAAUCCCUCCUUCAGGAUCAUUGGUUAUCACUGCUCUGAUUCACAACCUUUUACGGAGACAUCCUUCAAUUAAUUGUUUGGUCCACCAGGAAUAUGGCAGUGAAAGCACAUCAGAUGAUGGAAAAUCAGAGAAGAGUGUCAGUAGUGCAGAUGACCCUGGAACUGGCACAUGUACAUCCAGCCGCAAGCAUGGUGUUGAUCAUUUCAACAAUGAGGAAAGUAAUCCUAUGAAGUGUCGUGCCGUGAGAAGUUCACUCUGGGAAAUUGACACACUCCGUCAUCACUACUGCCCACCGGUUUCCAGGUUUGUUUUGUCACUUGAGGAGGAUCUUACGGUUAGAGCCAAAACCACCGAAAUCAAUAUUAAAGACUUUUGUUCUGGUUCAUAUGCAACAAUAUUUGGAGAGGAGAUUAGACGAAGGGUAAAGCAGGUUCCAUUGGCAUUCUAUAAAGCAACUCCCGCAUCUCUGUUUUCAGAGUCUGAUUUUCCUGGUUGGAGAUUCAAAUUGGAGGAAAGCAAGGAUUGUGAUACUUAACUGCCGAAAAGAUCAACUUUCCUGAGGAAACCGUUCACACUUCUUCGAAAUGGUGACGAGUGGAUUGCUCAUGAUUUGUAUUGGAGAUGGUGGUGGUUAAUGAAACAAAUUUUGACAAUGUCAAUUUUUUAGGCUAAGUUUUUUGUAACUCGAGUAAUCAACACAUGAAGAUCUGAGCCAUCUGUCUCAAAGUGUUGGUUUCUUUGUACUCUGAAUCUGGAGGAUGUAAUUGGUGUCUUUCUCU